UCCCUGCAAAGCGGCCUUAUUUAUCUGGGCAUAGCCAUAGCCUCCCCGGUGGGAGGCUCGGGCGGCCGAUCCUCUCCCACCGGGGAGCUCCGCUCCGGGCGCGGCGGAGGGGGCCCGGCGGGGCGCGGGGCGCGGGGCGCGGCUGGGCUCUGCCCGCCAGUCCAGCACCUCGGCCGCUUCCGAGCUCGCCGGCGCCCAUGCUGGGCUCCCUAUGACGCGAGGUCGCCGGGCGGACAGCGUGGCAUGAGCCAGGAGCCCAGGCCAAGAACAUUCGAGGAAGAUGUCGAGCCCUGGUAUCAACGGCGACCCCAAACCUCCAUGCUUGCCUCGAAAUGGCCUGGUAAAGCUGCCGGGCCAGCCCAAUGGCCUGGGAGCAGCCAGCAUCACCAAGGGCACUCCUGCUGCCAAGAACCGUCCCUGCCAGCCACCGCCCCCACCCACCCUUCCACCUCCCAGCUUGGCCUCCCCGUUGUCCCGGGGCACACUUGCUGGGGGCCCCUGCCCCCUGGCAGGUGGACCAGCCUCAGCCUCGGUGCCUGGACCCCCAGCAGAGCGGCCGCCACUGGCCACAGAUGAGAAGAUCCUCAACGGCCUCUUCUGGUACUUCUCAGCAUGCGAGAAGUGCGUGCUAGCCCAGGUGUGCAAGGCCUGGCGGCGUGUGCUCUACCAGCCCAAGUUCUGGGCAGGCCUCACACCUGUACUGCACGCCAAGGAGCUCUACAACGUGCUGCCUAGUGGUGAGAAGGAGUUCGUGAACCUGCAGGGCUUCGCUGCACGUGGCUUUGAGGGCUUCUGCCUGGUUGGGGUCUCUGACCUGGACAUCUGUGAGUUCAUCGACAACUAUGCGCUCUCCAAGAAGGGGGUCAAGGCCAUGAGCCUCAAGCGCUCCACCAUCACGGAUGCUGGCCUAGAGGUGAUGCUGGAGCAGAUGCAGGGCGUGGUGCGCCUGGAGCUGUCGGGCUGCAACGACUUCACUGAGGCAGGGCUGUGGUCCAGCCUCAGUGCGCGGAUCACCUCGCUGAGCGUGAGCGACUGCAUCAAUGUGGCCGACGACGCCAUCGCGGCCAUCUCGCAGCUGCUGCCUAACCUGGCGGAGCUGAGCCUGCAGGCCUACCACGUGACGGACACGGCGCUGGCCUACUUCACGGCGCGGCAGGGUCACAGCACGCACACGCUGCGUCUGCUCUCUUGCUGGGAAAUCACUAACCACGGCGUGGUCAACGUGGUGCACAGCCUGCCCAACCUCACAGCACUCAGCCUCUCAGGCUGUUCAAAGGUCACCGAUGAUGGUGUUGAGCUCGUAGCGGAGAACCUACGCAAGCUGCGCAGCCUCGACCUGUCGUGGUGCCCUCGCAUCACAGACAUGGCACUAGAGUAUGUAGCCUGCGACCUGCACCGCCUGGAGGAGCUUGUGCUGGACAGGUGUGUACGCAUCACGGACACUGGCCUCAGCUAUUUGUCCACCAUGUCAUCCCUCCGCAGCCUCUACCUGCGAUGGUGCUGCCAGGUGCAGGACUUCGGGCUGAAGCACCUCCUGGCUAUGAGGAGUUUGCGUCUCUUGUCUGUGGCAGGCUGCCCACUGCUGACCACCACAGGGCUGUCGGGCUUGGUGCAGCUGCAGGAGCUGGAGGAGCUGGAGCUGACCAACUGCCCGGGAGCCACACCUGAGCUCUUCAAGUACUUCUCGCAGCACCUGCCCCGCUGCCUAGUCAUCGAGUAGCGCUGGGCUCCCACCCAGGCCUUGGGAACCCGCCACGCUCUGGGCGGGGCGAGGGGCUCUUCCAGGCCCCUCAGUGGACCUUGCCCAGCAGCCGCGUAUGAUCCCACGCGGGAGGCGGGACGAGUUGAGGACAGCCCCGCCCCGCGCCGCCCUCGGCCCCCUCCGCUCCUCUUUCUGUCCGCCCCGGGCAGGGGACGACCGGGCCAGCCCCACGCACGCACGCACACUCGGGGACUUUGUGCAUGCCCCUCGUGCCCGCACUGCACGCCCGCCCUCCACCACGCCACAGCCGCCGCCAUCACUCGCCCGCCCCGCUGCGGGGCUCGGUCCCUGGGGGGCACUCUGAGCCCACCCGCCCCCCUCCCCCCCGCUGCCUUCCCUGCCACACCCCGCUCUCUGCCUCCCUGCUGUCCCCCAUCCCGGGCAGGGCCCAGAGGAUUGGGGGGCUGGGUCCCCCAGGACUUAGGGGCCCGGAAGAGCCUCAAGGACCUUCAACAUCUUCCACUGCACGGCGCCUGGAGCCCUCUCUCUUAGGGGCGAGGGGACUCAGGCCACUGCCAAAGCCAUGGCCCGAUGAGGAGCCCAACUCCAAGCCCCUCCUCCUCCCCCAUGCCUGCCCAACACAAGGGGCCUUUUUCCCUUACUGUUGAGUGGGCAGUCCCUGUUGGCUUCCCCUCCUACUCCCCCCCCGCCCCCAACCCCACCGCCGCCCACACUGGCCUUUUACAGAUCCUUGGCCCCUGGCCCCUAGGAUAGCAUUGAGAUGGCUAUGACCUUGGAAUAAUCAACAUUAGCCCAACCUAGUGCAGCCCACCUCAGUCCAGGAGCGGUACAGGCACCUAGAGAGACCCUAAGUUGGAGUCAUCCUUAGGGUUGUCGGGCUUGGGAGCAGUCUUGCCCAGCCACAGCCCUGCGCCAGUGGGGCUCAGGCCUGUCAGCACCGCGAUUCAUCCUGGGCAAGUUUGUGCAGAAGCGGGCCCAGACAAGGGGUCAGGAUCAGCACUGACCAGCGACUCUGAUCUUCCAGUGGCCAGCACACCAUCCACACUCUGCAAGGAGGGAGGGCUCCAUUCUAGCCCCACCCUAUUUGCCCCUCCCCAGUUUCCCAAACCUCUGCCUGCCCAAAUGGGCUCCAACCGUGUCCCGUGUCCUGUCUGAUCCCAAGAAGUUUGGAAGUUCUGGGGGAUGCUGGCAUAUCUUGACACUGCUGAGGAGGGGGCUGGGACCCCUUUCCAUCCCAACCUUGAUCCCCAGAUUUAGCAUCCACACCAAUCUUGGGACACCCCUAUUUGGUUGGAAGGGAGUAACCAGUUUCCAGAGAGCCAGAGAGUGAAAGAGCGAGAGAAAGAGAGCGAGUGAGAGAGAGAGAUGCUGUUGAAGCAGAGAAACAGUUCAACAGCCCAAAGAGUUCCCUGCCCCCGAGUGCCGAGGAGGCUCCAUGUGGAAGUGGUCAGGAGCCAGUUUCUUCAGGCCCUCCUCCCAUAGCCCCCCCAGUAGGGAGGGGGCAGCUGUCCAUUUGCCCAAAGUAUUAAUGCAACUGAAGCUGUGAUAUUUCCAACGACUGUAGGAGGAAAAUUUAAGGGGAGAAAGGAAAACAAACAAAACCAACCAACCCCUAAAAUCAUUUUCUUAUUGUACAUAACGACCUCAUUCUCCUGUAUAUGCGGAAGAUAUAACCUUAUAUUUGGUAAGUGUUUCUUGUGCUAUUUUAUCACGUGACCUGUUUAUAAAAAUAUAUAUUAAAAAAGUUGUAAAAAUAUGA